CGUAAUACGGAGAAGGCAUUGUACCGAGUAAAUAAGUGUACAAGGGAAGGAAUAGAAUAAACGUAGGAGAGAUUUUCAUGAAGCUUGUGGAGUGGGGAGAGAGUACAACGGAAGGAAUAGCGCGCGCUUUUCGUUCUCAUUCUCGUCCUCGUCGUUUCGCAAAGUGAGAAGCGAAAAAAGUAAAAAACGAAGAGACGAGGAAGAAGAAGGGGAGAAAAAGAAAAAGAAGAAAACAAAAAAGAAAAGAAGGAGGCAAAGAAUUUCAAGAAGACGGGGAGUCGAGGUGAUUUUUUCGGAAGCGAAGAACCCCGGCAAAGCUCGGAUUCGUUCGGUUAAAAAGUACGUGUGUUGUUGUUUGUGGUCCGUGUAUGUGCCCUCUGUGAUAUUCGUGCGCGUGUGACAGAAGAAAAGAAAAACAAGAGAGAAAGAGAAAGAGAGUUAGUGGUAUCGUGUGAAAGGAGAAAAAGAGAUAAGAAGAUAUAAAUCGUGAUAUAUACUACGUAUGUACGUCGUUCUCGUCGUAACCGGCACGACGUUCGGCGUGUAGUGAUUUAGAUGGUCGUUGCAUCGUCGUUGUGUUAGUAGUGAAACGCAAAGUAGUGGUGUACGGCGGUCCGUGCGUCGAAGGAACGAAAUACUGGAUCGAGAGGAAAGAGCUGGAGGAGGGAGCGGUGGAGGGGGAGGAGGGGGAGGAGGAGGAGGAGGAGAAGAGGAGUGCGAGGAACGCCGGAGUUGCUCGCGACCGUCGAGAUCUGGAUUACGCGGGCAACUCGAGGAUCGCCAAGAUUUUGCCGGUUCAUAAAAAAGGAGGACGAACGGACAGAGAUGGCAUGAGGGAGGGCUCCGGCAACGUUGCCGAGGUGUGCCUCGAGAUGGAACAAUUUCCGACAGACGGAUCCGAGGAUCGCAGGAAGAGGCUAUCGACGAUCACGGAGUAUUCCGAAUCUGCAUUCGACAGCGACAAUGACGUUGUCCCACCGGACGACAACCUGCCGAUUCCUCGAAUGAAAAUGGAAACCGAUUCGGAGAACGAACACUUUCUUCUCGUGGACGAUUCCAAGUGUGGUGGCACCAUACGUUGCAUCAAAUGGACUGCCAGGAAAUUACCAGUGGGCGGGGGUGGUGCUGUGCUGGUGCUCAGCGAGCUUGAAAGCAUGGCGGCCAGGCAACAGCGGGAAAUCGCUCAGCAGAGGCGCCUCCUAGAGCAAAAGGAGGCCCGUCUAGCCGUGCUUCGAGGCGCACAGGAGCCAGCACAGCAGGACAAACUCGCUAGAUUGAGACACAGACUGGACCAGCAACAGAGCAAACUGAAUCGUCUGCGGUUACUCAGAUCUCAGACCGACCAGUCGCGAGCCAACAACGCAACGCUGACCUCGGAUCUGGACUGCAUAAGAGCGCUGUUCAAUGAAAAGGAAAAGGAGCUCUCCCUGGCGGUGGCGAAGGUCGAAGAGCUGACGCGACAAUUGGAGGAGUUACGGGGUCGUCAGAACGGCGGUGGCACCGGAACGGGCGUCGGUGGUGGCGGUGGCGUCGCCGGUACCGGAGCCGGUGGUAUCGCCGCGGGACACUUGCCGACGCCAGCCAGUGCUGAGCUCGAAAAACUCAGAAGGGAACUUAUGUAUCGCAACAAGAUGAACGAGCAGCAAAAUCAAGUAGUCUCUCAGCAGAGAUUAGCACUGGCUCAGAGACAAGCAGAAAUGGCGUCUAUAGACGCGAGGAUAGCGCAACUUCAGGGUCGUUUACAACGGAAAAGAGCAUUGAAUCAACGUCUUAGCCAACAACUUGGUUCGACGAAUCGAACGAACGCUACGACGAACACCGGUUUCCCAGAAUCCAAGCUCGAUUUUAAUGCCGGCAGUAAAGCGAGACCCACCGGGAACAUCGCCGCCAUUGAACCCUAUUCGCACAUACCGAACGACAACGACUUUAAUCUGAACAAAAAUGAUCCGAAGUAUCAGACGCUACCUUACAACACUAAGUUCACCGUGAACUUCAAGGCCGUCGAGGACGACGUUAACAAAAACAAAAUACAGCACAGCGCGAGCGCCUCCCAACUCGGACAGAGGACGGCCUUUCAACAAUUCGGUCAUCAAAUCGCCCAUAGCCAGUCGCAAUCGCACAUACAAGGUCAAUCGCAACCCCUUGGAUCGAAUCAACAGCAACAACAGCAGCACAAUCAAAAUCUUGGUAACCAGACUGCCAAUUUGCAAGGCAACUGCAACAACAAUAACAAUAUGAAUAGCAGCAACAACAACAAUAAUAACAACAACAACAAUAACAACAAUAAUAAUAGCAAUAACAAUCUCAUCGCCUCAACCCAUAAUAAUUUCACUCAGGAAAAUUUGUCACAGAACUUUAGGAUUCAUGCCCAUCCCCAGCAAUCACAAUUGCAACAACAACAGGCACAACAUGGUAAUUCUCAAACGAAGCAGUACAAUUCAACGAGUUCCUCGACCUCCAGUCUCGGCUCAGCGCCGUCCAUCACACAAACCCAUAAUCA